AUGACUGAAAAGGCAGGUUCUCCACAAGCAAGAACUAUUCUUCAGCAGUGUCUCUAUGCAAGGCUUCAGGUCAAACCGGCAGAUGAUCAGUCUGAGGCUGAAUGGAUUGACAGAGGGAUGGUGGUCUACAUCUGCUUUUUCAAAGGGGACAUAAUCCCCAAAAUCGUGAACACUCUGCUCAACUUGAAGCUGUGUGAAGCUGACUCUGGGAAGCAUGUGUCAGUGCUGGACCUGCCUGGGAUCGUCCUCAUCGUGCCUAAGGCUACACUGGGAGGCAAGGCCAAAGGGAAGGGCAUGCAGUACCACCAUAACAUUGGGAAAGAAGAGGGCCUACAGCUCUAUUCAAAAUGUGUCUCCCUGUGUGAGAAGGAACUGGCUUUGUCCAGUAAGAGUAGUGAGACUGGGAUGAUCGUCAAACAUGGAACAUAUGGGAACAGACAAGUGUCUUUUGUGUUAAAUCAUACAAAUAUAUAAUUAUCAGGAAAUCAAAAGAAAGUCUGAACUCAACUGAAAUAUUUGUAUAGACAACCUUGUUGCAAAUUGUUGAUGGGUUUAUGAAGGGCAAUGUGUGACAGUGGGGAUUUAUGAGCACUGCACUAGCAAAAUAAUGUCCCCCUACACCUGAAAGAAAUCUAGACAAGAGCAGAUUAAACUUUUUUUCGGCUAAGAUUGCUACCAGUACAAAAAAAGAAAUACUGCAUAUACAUGAAAACAAUGAUGGGGAGGCGAAACAGAUUUGUGAGAACUUGUAUCUGUUCCUCCGAGCCACUCGGUGUCGGUAAUGUGCCUUGCAUGUCAGUUUCACAUCGCUAAACUCCUAGAAAAACGGGAGGAAGCGUAAAGAAGACAUGGAGAUGGAUGGAAAGGUAGGGGGGUUAGGAGUUGAGGAGGACGGGAUGGAGUGGGAAAAGGUGGAGGUAUAGUAAGAGUAAAGGUUACGAAGAAGAGGAAGCCUGAGGAGCCUUUGCAGGACUUGUCAGAGGAUAGUAGUGACAAGGGAGGUUCGGGUCGCAGUGUUGUACUGAGAGGUGGAGCUCAAGGUGUUGGUGAAAUUUAAGGAUCAAGUUGGAGUCACAGCGUGAGGUUUGGCCAGACCAGAUGAAGUGGAUCGGAGUAUUUUGCCAGCAUUCACAGAUCCUCUAGAAACUCCUGCCUCCAUAAAUACGAAUAAAUACUCCGUAAGAAGGUUUAGCCAGGAAUGUAUCAUCAAAAGUGUGAUUUAGGCCUACUUUUUUCUUAACACAGUAGGACAAUGGGAAACAUUCAGCAUAUUGUGUCCGUCCCAAAUGGAACCCUAUUCCCUAUAUAGUGCACUACAUAGGGAAAAGGGUGCCAUUUGGAAUGCAGACAUUGUUUCCAGACCUGCUUGAGCUAAAUGUUUCUUUCCUCAGGUGACGUGCUAUGGUGUAAGGAUGGCAGUCGGCUAUACAGAGCUGUUAGGAGCACAGAGGAAGUGAAGGCGUUGCUGGUGCAGCACCAUGACAACAACAGCCAUGCAGGCAAUCACAAGACCCGCACGCCAGUUUUCACUACUGGAGCUCUAUCUCACCAGACACUAAAAAGUGGAUCCAUAACUGUGAGACUUGUUCAAAGAAGACAUUCCCGCCAGUAUCGGAUAAAUGGCUACGAUGUUUUGUCUAUGGAAGUAAUAACACUGCUUCCCACAAUGAAGAUGGUACCACUUUUCAUCAGUAAAGAAAAAAAAUCCUCUGCCAUCAACUGUACAGUCGUGGUCAAAAUGUUGGUCUUCACAAAGUUCGCUGCUUCAGUGU